UGUACACACAGCGGCCAGCAGAUAGCGGACCACGGUGGACCAAGCGGACGCAGCAGACCCGGGCUGAUCCGAGCAGCGGACGCAGCGGACUGUGGACCACAGCAAUGGUACCAAUCUUGCAACAAUAAACGAUGCACAUACGAUAAAUGCAAUUAGACGGCAACUUCAUCAUCAACUUACCAUACUGUCAAAGAAACGUCGAAAAUGUGGAAAAAGCGUAGAUACAGUGGUAAAUUUUUGUCACGUUUAUUAUAACGACCGAAGAAUGCGAUCAUGUGGCCGACGAGGCACGAAACGAUGACCCGUGAUGAAUGUAGAAAAUGUUUACGAUAUUUGGAAUUAGAUGCAUAUGGAAGUAUGGUGUCUGUUUUGCGUGCUCAAGGACCCUUCACUAAUGAGAAACAGAAAUUGUUACAAGAACUUGCUAAAGUUUUACAUAUUUCCAAUGAAAGGCAUCGUGCAGAAGUACGAAGAGCUGUAAACGAUGAAAAGUUAGCAACUAUAGCCGAACAAUUAAGCGGUCCAAACACUGGCACGGAUUGGACUAUCGAAGGUCGUCGUGCUAUUCCUCUUUUACCAAGAUUAAAAGCAAGAACUGCUUUUACUACAUUAGCGAAUAGUUUGUCUCUCGCGACGGCAGCUGCGAACAAAAGGAAUCUUCCUCUUCAUGAAAAAACAGAGGAUGCAAAAGAUAUUACAAGCAAAUCUCCUGUGAAAGUGAAAAUAGAGGAAAGAAUACUUGAUGACGCUGAGUUUUCACCUAUCAAAGAUAAGUUUAACGAAGAAAAUAUUAUGGAGGAGGUAGCUGAGAUAAAUAAACAAAAUUUGAAUAGUGAAAGCAAGGAUUUGGACACGGGUGAAAAGUGUGGCAUUGUGGAAAAACGUAAAGCAACUUCUCCACUUCCAACAGCAUUACCAAAUAAAAUAUUGGUAGUGUCUGCAAAUUCUAUAGGAACGUUAAAUCAUGGUGUUACCCCAAAAGGAUGUCUGGAAAAUACUAUUCAGUUGUCGCGAGUCUCAACAAAUUCCUUACAGCACCAAAAUUUCACAAUAAUACCGCUUAAUAUUAAUUGUGCAGAAGACUCUACAGAUCUAGAACCUAAAACAACUGCGGUAGCAGAAAAUUUUGUCAACCACGGAGCAGUAUCGUCUAGUAGUCCUACGAAUUCCGUCGUCCCUGUGGAAAUAACGAGUAUCGCUAAGACUCAGGGAAAACUAAUUACAACACAAAGUAAACUUAGUACAAAAAUUGGGUCAGGCAUUUUGAUGCCCGACGGGCAUAAUUUGCAACUUGAAACUGAAGAUACAUCGACGCAAAAUAGUUUAAGUAGUUCACAAAAAACAAUAGACUCGGAGAAUUCAAAUUCAACUGCCAGUAGCACAAAACGUAUCGUGCCCAUGAUACAUUCUAACACGAAACCUCCGAUAAAUAAAGCUAUAACGACAAAUAAUUCGCAUCGAUUAAUAACUGUGUGUCCUGGUACAGCCAUGUCGAAUGGACCAGGACCGCCUCAGCCUAAGCAGACAACAGUAACUUGUAAAAAGAUACCUACUACGCUCAAUAAUCAAAUCGCUGCCAAAAUUGGUGUUACAUUAAAUUCUAAUAAAACUGUAAAUAUUUCUCAUCAUCCUAAUACAAAAUUAGCAUCUAAAACGAAUGUGAUUGUUAUACAAAAGGGUCAAACCAAAGGUGUAACUCUUUCUCACGCAGGCAAGGAAGUACUCGGAAAGGUAAUAGUGGGUGGCAAAAAUUUGUGUGUCACGAAUCAGCAUAGUGCUUCUAUUAAUGUUUUACCGCGCCAUAUUACGUUAAACAAUGGAGAUCAAUCCGUAACUAUGUUAUCAACAACUAAUUUGCCUCAAACGGAACCCAUAAUAUCCAACACGAAAUCUGGUAACACCAUUACGUUCAAUCUUCGACAAGAUGUGUUCGAGAAGAAUAAAGCCCUGACCCAAAUUUUCGAAUCACCUAAUGUUCUUACCUCGGAAUCUAAGACUGUGAUACAGAAUGCGCACGCUCGUCUUUCGAAAGAACCAAGUAACAGUGAUUCACAUGUACAGGAUAACGAAAUCAUUGUAAAAACCGAUGCUAUAAGUUCUGUUAAAGAUGAGAUACACAGGUCAGUUUGAAGUAAUCAAACUUCGUUAUGCAAUUGUUAUGUUAAAAAAAGUGCAUGUAACAUGAACACCUAACUUUUAUCAUUACUUUAAAAUUUCCUUUUAUAAAUUAAUUGUUGUAAAUUCGUAUUACAUGAUUUAUAGUCCGCUUAAGUUGUUUUAAGCCAUUGUAGUUCUAAUACUUCAUUUCGUACAGAUCUUUUAUUUACGAUUUUUUUUACACAUUUAUCCAGUGUAUAAGAUUGAGCGCUGGUGACGCGACGGUAGCUAUUUAUUUCAAGAACGUUCAAUACUCAGUGGAGAAUCGUAUGUUGGAAUCGAAGAUUAAGAUAAUUUAUACUGAAAACUUUUAAGAGACUUUUCACUAUGUUCAUAUAGAUAUUGAAUUUAACAAAGAAAGACUGGAUGUAUUCCAUAAUGUACGUAAUACAUACAUGUCUAACAAUAAGUAUUUAACUUUUAGUAGUGUUUGACCCUUUCAAACAAAUGAAGUUUCUUGUUUACUAAAUCAUAAAUAAUAUAAGAAUCGUGCAAUUACCUGAUUAAGAAAUUGUAAUUCUACACGACUGAUUGUUUUACAUCUGGCAUGUGCCAAAUUUGUAAUAUAUUUACAGUGCUAAGUAAAAAGUUUGUUUCUAUGUUUCUGAUA